GAAUAGAAGUUUUAAAGCCCAAAAACCAGUGAGUUCCAUGGCGUUCCCGUCCGUCACUCUCCUUUUUCACUUUUUGUACUCAAGUUUCUCUUUCUACAUAAAAGAAAUUAAAUAUAAAUAAAUUAAAAAAAAAAACAUUUUGUUGGAUAAUAUAAGGAAACCAUGUUCAUGUUCAUCUCCAAUCUCCAUCUUCCUUUUAACUCCCUCUCCCUCCACUUUUAACCACCACCUUCCUCUAUCCCCACUUUUAACUGUCGCCGCCGCCCCACUCUGAACAAAAACCCACAUUUUCAUUCAUGAAAGAAGACAGUUAUAAUACCAAACUAAGCCUAAACCAACAGCCAGCUCGUAGCCAUCAGAUGUGCAGAACCAUAGAAGAAUAUGCCCCCGCCGUUGACCACCACGUCGACAUGUUGUCGUCGACUUCAGAUGACCUCAACUUGAUUCCUCCUUUAAACUUUGCUAUGGUUGACAAUGGAAUCUUCAGGUCUGGUUUCCCUGAUUCUGCCAACUUCUCUUUCCUUCAAACGCUUAAGCUCACCUCCAUCAUAUAUCUGUGUCCUGAACCAUACCCAGAAGCCAACACUGAGUUUUUAAAGUCCAAUGGAAUCAAGCUUUUUCAGUUUGGAAUUGAAAGUUACAAGGAGCCAUUUGUAAAUAUUCCAGAGGAUACGAUUCGUGAAGCUUUAAAACUCGUCCUCGAUGUUAGGAAUCACCCAGUUUUAAUUCAUUGUAAUCGAGGGAAGCACCGAACUGGUUGUCUGGUUGGAUGCUUGAGGAAAUUGCAAAGAUGGUGUUUGUCAUCCGUGUUCGACGAGUACCAAAGGUUUGCUGCCGCAAAAGCUAGAGUUUCGGAUCAGAGGUUUAUGGAGUUGUUUGAUGUUUCUAGCCUAAAGCAUCUGCCAAUCGGAGAAUGCUCGGUCCUGCAUAGGAUUAAUUAGGAGAAAAGGCGAUGAGUUCCGGAAUAGCAUUUCGUCGGUUAGGGAAUUCUUCUGCUUCUUAUUAUUAUUCAUCAUUCUGUCUUCGACACCAAUAAAAGGGGUAGCUAGAAGAAGCAAUGUCCCACUGCAAUGUUGUUUGGUGUUUCGGAUCUCCGUUCCGAUCUAUUUCUUCUGUUCUUUACUUGUUUGCCAUGGCGGAUGUAACAAUUAUCAAGUAGCUAUUACAUCAUCUUGUUUAUUUGACAGUUUUUUAGACAAAUUGACUGAACUUGAAUCGCCAUCAUUGCAGGUUUCGAUUAGUGAAAAUUUUACUUGUCCAA